UUUUUCAACAAUUUUUCAGAACACCUCUUUUGUGAGUUAAAUUUUCUAUUUCAAAAGAAUGGAAAAUUCAACAUUUUAAACUUAUUAUUCAAUAGAUAUCUAUUAAAAAGUUGUUGUAUUAAAGAAAAUAAUAAUUUCAUUGUAUAAUUUUUGAUCCAAUCAUAUCUGACUAAUGUUUAUUUUGGUCAUUCAUUAUGCAUAUUUUAAAAAAUGUGUGUAUGAAACACUCAAGACAUUAUUACACACUUUUGAAACUUGAUAGAUUUAGGCAGACAAAUUUCACCUCAAUAUUCAUUCAAAAAAGGUUAAAAAAAGAUGACAGUUUGUCUACUCUAUUUGUUCCUGUGCCAGUCAAACCAAAUCCAGAUGACAUUAAUGUUGGAGCUGAGUUAACUGGCAAAUUAAAUAAAGGCGAUUUAUUAAAAAUACUUAAUCAAUUUUAUCAAAAGACUGAAAUUAAACAACUUGCUAUGGAAAAUGGAUUAGAUAAUUACCUUCAGCAUCAAGCUUAUAUUAGUUUCAGAAGAUUCUGUCUUGAAGCUAAUACUUUACCUGUUGAUCUGCAUGUUGUUAUUAGUGAUAUUUUACAAGGUGCAGGACAUGUUGAUGACAUAUUUCCAUACUUUUUAAGGCAUGCUAAACAAAUGUUUCCACAUCUUGAAUGUAUGGAUGAUUUGAAAAAAAUUAGUGACUUAAGAUCUCCUGCUAACUGGUAUCCAGAAGCAAGAGCAAUUAAUCGUAAAAUUAUAUUUCAUGCUGGCCCAACUAACAGUGGUAAAACAUAUCAUGCAUUAGAAAAGUAUCUUACUUCUAAUUCAGGUGUGUAUUGUGGUCCGCUAAAACUAUUAGCUACUGAAGUUUACCGUAAAUCUAAUGAAAGGGGCACUCCCUGUGAUUUGGUGACAGGGGAAGAAAGAAAAUUUGCCGAUGGAAAAAGUGAAACUUCUCAACAUAUUUCUUGCACUGUUGAAAUGGCAAAUGUAAACGUACCUUAUGAUGUAGCAGUUAUUGAUGAAAUACAGAUGAUGAAAGAUCCAAGUCGUGGAUGGGCAUGGACUAGAGCACUAUUAGGUAUUGUUGCUAAUGAAAUUCAUCUUUGUGGGGAAGAGGGAGCUGUAGAUUUAGUUAAGGGUUUGAUGACGACAACUGGAGAAGAUGUUCAAGUUUACAGGUAUAAACGCCUUACCAAUUUAAAUAUUGAAGAUUCUGCAGUUUGCAGCCUAGAAAAUGUUAUGCCUGGUGAUUGUAUUGUAUGUUUCAGCAAAAAUGAUGUUUACACAGUGAGCCGUGGUAUUGAAUCAAGAGGCAUUGAAGUUGCAGUUAUUUAUGGAGGUUUACCUCCUAACACAAAGUUAGCACAAGCUCAAAAGUUUAAUGAUCCAAAUAAUUCUUGUAAUGUCCUUGUUGCUACUGAUGCUAUUGGAAUGGGAUUAAACCUAAGUAUUAGAAGAGUAGUUUUUUAUUCAUUAAUCAAACCAACAUUGAAUGAUAAAGGAGAAAAAGAAAUGGAUACUAUAUCUGUGUCACAAGCAUUACAAAUUGCUGGACGUGCUGGUCGUUAUGGAACACAAUAUGAAAAUGGUUAUGUAACUACAUAUAGAUCUCAAGAUUUAUCCACUUUAAAGCAUAUACUUUCACAAUCCCCAGAACAAAUUUUGAAAGCAGGACUUCAUCCUACUGCUGAUCAAAUUGAAUUAUAUGCUUACCAUUUACCAAAUUCAACUUUAGCUAACCUCGUUGAUAUAUUUAUAUCAUUAUCAACAGUUGAUGAUUCUUUGUAUUUCAUGUGUAAUAUUGAAGAUUUCAAAUUUCUUGCUGAUAUGAUACAACAUGUCCCUUUACCUUUAAGAGCACGAUAUGUUUUUUGCUGUGCACCUAUAAAUAGAAAGAUGCCUUUUGUUUGCACUAUGUUUCUCAAAUAUGCCAGACAGUAUAGUAGAAAUGAAUCCAUUACUUUUGACUGGUUAUGCAAACAUAUUGGAUGGCCAUUCACAAUUCCCAAGACUAUCAUUGAUCUUGUUCAUUUAGAAGCUGUCUUUGAUGUUUUAGAUUUAUAUUUAUGGUUUAGCUAUAGAUUUACAGAUUUAUUUCCAGAAGCUAAUCUUGUAAGAGAUAUGCAAACAGAAUUAGAUGAUAUUAUUGAACAAGGAGUAGUGCAAAUUACAAGACUGUUAAAGAAUUCUGAGAGUUCUAGCUCCGUAAGUGAUUCAAUAGAAGAAGAUUUCAAUGUAGCCAGACACAAGCAUAAUUUUUUAAGAGAAUCAGCUCAAAGAAAUAUUAAUAAGAAUAUAGUCAGUAAAGGCAGACUUACAGAAAGGCUUCUUGCCCAAGGAUUACUAACUCCUAACAUGUUAAAUGAACUACAAAAAGAAUGGGACAAACGUAAAGAUAAAGAUAUUAAACAGACUAAAAAUGAAAAUGACGAUGGUAGUGAUGAUGAUCCUCCUCCACAAACAAAUCAGUCAACAAAAAGAUCAAGGAGAAGAAAAAAAUAUUAAGUUUCUUUUGUUAUGUUUUUAUAAUAAAUAACUUUUCAAAUUUUAAUUAAAUCUUAUAAAAAUGCAAAA